AGGGGUGAGUGAGUGAGGCAGCCGUCGGCGUCAGGCGCGUCAGGCUCAGUCUUGUGGGGACGGUAGUAGCGAGUGGCUGUCGCUCCCCGCACUCCGGGCCUGCUGCCUCUGUGCCUCAUGUUCGCGCGCCGCCGUGCUGCACGCUGGCACUGAAUACUUCCUGGAUAACCUACUCGAGCAGUGCCGUCUGUUGUCGUGAGUGUCGCCGCCACAGUCUCAGUGCAACAUUACCAAAGUUUGACGCUGCCAGUCUUCGAAGACUUGGACGUCCUUGUGCAGUGCCGCCCGUGCAUGCCCGGGCACCUACACCAGGGAGGAGUCCCACAGUAGCCCCGCGCCGCCCACCUGGAGCCGAGGCAGCGCGAGUGACGUGGGCGGUGCGGGCGUGGCGCGGGCUAGCCGCCGUAUAAGGCAGUGGGCCAAGCUCGUCGCACCUGCUCACUCAGGUAAGUGUGCCGUGUCCUCUCACCUGCUGCCAUCAUCCCCCCACACUGUCUUGGUAAUCGCAGCGUCUCCUUCCACGAGAUGCCGGCCAGUGUCACCAGCGGGGUCGGCUCCGGGGGAAGUGGCGGAGGCAAGGACACGUAUGGUAUCGUCGCCUCCCGCCACUUUGAGUCAGGCCCGCCGCCCUCCAAGAUGCAACUGUGUCAGAUGGAUGACGGCGAGGUGUACGAGACAGUGAAGGAAGAGGAGUGGCUGACGAGGAAGAAGGUCACCACAACCACCACCAAGAACAUCGAGACAAGGACGCAGAGGGAGGUGAUGCUUGAGGACGGGGAGGUGGUGGGGGACUCCGGGCCGCUCGUCACUCAGGACUGCACCGAGAACACUGUCACGAAUGAGGUGGUCGCUGAUGAGCACCUGACGCCGGAGGGACAGGAGGCUGCGGCGAUCGAGGCCCCGGGAGAGGACUGGAUCCCUGUGGGGGGCGCUGUGGUGGUGUCGGAGAAGAAAGAACACAUCCUCACGUCUCACCAGGUGGCCGAGGACAGGCGCGAGACCGAGGAGGUGGUGCAUCUGGGCAACGUCACCAACCAGGAAGUAGAGGACCACAAGGAAGGGAAGGCCGACCUGCGAGCCCUGACAGAGGCGCGGCAGGAGCGGGGCUGGGAGGUGGCGCGGCCCGAGAAGAGAGUGGUGCACGAGUCCGCCAAAAAGUGGGGCACUGUGGACACUGAGGACGUGCAUGAGACGAGCCGCAUCCAGGACGGACAUGUGGUGACGGAGACAGAACGCACUACGCAGCACGAAGUCUACGAGAACGAGUCGCUGCCGGACUCAGGAUCGUCGCUAAGUGACGGGUCGGUGCACGAGGAGGCGCGCGAGACCCAGCACAACAUUGUCCACACCAAGGACGAGGACAUUGUUGAGUACUACGGCGUUCCCAAAGGCGGCACUCUCGCUCAGGGCGUCAAGCUUGGCGAGGGGAUGCACGUUGUGAGUGAGGACUUCCAUGAGGACCGGGAGGGCGAGGACCUUGACUCGCUAAGUGAAAGGAUCCGUCGCGGUCGCCGGCUGGGUGUCCUCAAACCGAAGACCCGAGACACCACGGAGCGGACAGACGCCAUCACGCGGCGCCCUCUUGACUACCACGAGGAAGAGGAGACACGCAAGUCAGAAACCAACCGCUGGCUGGAGAACCACUUCGGCAGCGAGUCCGGCCACUCGGGCAGCUCACACCACGACCCAGAGGAGGAGGGCGGCCUACACACUGCGGGCGGCAACGUCAUCACUAUCACCAUGAGUCCUCGCCCUGCCACGCCUGAGGACGUACCCGACGCGGCGUCCCCUGCCAGGCGUCACUGGGACUCCCCUUCAGCGCCCACCUUUGCCCGCAGUUCCAACAACAAGGCGCCCCCGCCCCCGCCCCCUCCGAAACCCACCUCUUCCUGGACCUCCCACUCUGCGGCGUCUCCCCGACAUCACGGUCCCCCAAGCAUGCCCAGCGAGGAAAUCACGCACUCAAUGAUCGCUGAGGCUCGGUCAAAGCUGAGGUCAACAGGACGCAUUUUGGACGAGAGCGAGAACAGCACGCCGCCCACCAGUCCCCCGGCCAACGGUGUACGAUACAGCGGGCCACAUGAACGAGUGCAGGUGUUUUCAUCGUCCCCGAGCUCCUUCCCCUCCCCGCCUGUCUCGCCUACCGGCCGAGUCCUCGACGACCCGGUCUACAACAGCAAGUUUAGGUCGGGCAGCCCAAGUGGUCUCGUGUCCUCCAGACUCUUCUCCACUCCCUCCCGCAGCUCCCGACCUGCCACACGCUCCCCGUCAGACAGCCCCCCGCCACCUCUACCUUCUACCCCCCCGCCCACACAGAGCAACAACGUGGGGAGGUCACAAUCAUUUAAUGUUACCAACAAGAACUGGCUCAAUAGCGGCUCAAAGACGUUGUACUCCCGUCCCCUUAAUUCCAGACUGAAGGAGUUCCGCAGUGAGGAGCAGCUUGACGGUGUGGGCCACGCGUCCCCGCGGCGCUGGACGCCCCCGCGUAGGGAACUUUCCCCCGAGCCCCCAAGGGAGGUGACGCCUCCUCCACCCCCACGCUCGCGCAAUUCACAUUCCGUCCACACCCAUUACAACACUACACCCACCAGAUCCUCCAGGGCAUCCAGGACCACUGAGAUUGCAACGCAGACCAUCGCCCGGGACUCCGCCACGCAGACCGCCUCUUCACCAGUGCCUCCACCCCGCACCAAACGUAAACACAAGCCCAAGACUUACUACUUCGGUCAAGAAUCGGCACCCUCCAUUUCCUCCGAGAGAUUGUCAUCCAGAGGCCCCAUCACCACCACGACCAGUGUCUCCUAUUCUAGCACAAGAAAGGACAACCAAUCGUCUCCCAAGGUAGAACGAAGGUUCCGCACUACUAAGACCAUCACUCCCGUGGUGGUGCCCACCAACACCCACACAGAGCAGGAUAAGCUGAAGAAUCGCUCGUGGCACUACCGCAGCAUGGACGAGCUGCGCACUGGCGCUGAGAACACUGCUAGAGAGUCUUGGACCAACACUAUUGACCCUCGCCGGAAGCCUCGCCAUUACUCCCACACUCCCAAGGAGCCAGAGACUCAGACCUUGCCUAAGAAACUUUCCAACGGCACAGCGUCACCCAGCAGGACCUACAUCUUUGGCAGUGACCGGCCAGACCACAGCUCCGGCAAGAGAGAGGUGGAGAGUCGCUCCUCCAACACACACCUACAUAGGUCUUAUGGUGGCUCAAUGGUCAAUGUGUCUCUAGCAGGAAUGUCUUCCCCGAAAAGCAGUGUGUACAAGACAGAGGUGCAGGAUAAGCCAGCUCCACCACGCACCGUGCGGCCUGUCCUGAGAAGCCACAGCCUGAACAUCAAACCUGCGCCUCUCAAGGCUGCUGACUCCCCCACAGAAGCCAUGUCGCCCACCACCGGCCUGUCCAGCACCCAGCGCACCUCCACCAUGUACCGGUCCUCGCCUUACCUCAACCUCAGGAGCCCCAACCUCAUCGCCACCAUUGCCCGCUCCAACUCCACUCGAAGGACGGACUCAUACGAGGAGGAGGACGAGCACGAGUCUGACAGGUCACCUGCUGGUGAUCGACACCGCUCCGGGCACACCUCACACCACACCUCCCGCCACACUACCACCAACAACACCAACAACAAUAGGUACACAGAAAGCAAGAAUUACAGUUCACACAUCAUUAGUAACAACACCAGGAAUACCAACAACAGCAACAUGGACAGUAACAGAAACACUUCCGCCGCCAACAACGACAAUACCGCGGUAGAGGAGAAGCGGAACAGGUUUAUGAAGGACCUCCUCGCCACGGCGCCCGAGCUGUUCCACGCCAUACACGGCGAGGACGAUGGCAAGAAAAGGAACGAAUCUGGCAAGGGCAGCCAGUCGCCCCCAGAGUCCCCGCCACAGCUCAUCAGGCCCCCUGGCUCCCCUCUCACCUCCCCGCCUACAGCCUCCCCAACCACCACCACAGCUCCUCGCAUCUUCACCUUCGGGAGAGGCGAGGGGAGCUCCGUGAAGCGGUCCCCGUCAGCUCCACACGAGACCAAUAACAACCGCCUCAGUAGUCAAGGGCGCAGCGCACUGAGUAGCAGCAGAGACAAUCUUAGCAGCCCUCAGCGGAACAGCCUCACGUCGCAGUACCACCGCCAGGCACAGCUCAUGAACAGUAACCCAGGCACCGUCACAAACUCCCUCAACCGCCCAAAGUUUAACCUCAAGUCUGACGGGAGAUCAUCAAUCCUGUACUCCACCUCCUUUCGUAACCGAGCAGAUCAGCAGCAGCAGCAGCAGCAGGCUUCCCUAGGCUCACGUGACCGCCGUGGCUCGGACCCAAGGGACCACAAACCACACGCGUCCCCAGGCUGGAGGGAUCACCACACGGAGCUGGGAGGGAAGCAUCAGGGUAACGUCACCUCCAACCUGACGCGAGAUGGUGCUGUCCUCAUUCCCAUCCGAGAUUGGAACAGCCGCUGAGUCUGACUACCUGGUGUCUCUGAUUUUUUAUCUAUUUUUUUUUUCCCUCUCAUGCAGGAUUUCAUGUUGUCAGCCAUGCAUGGGUUGGCUGGCACACACUAGUUUUUUCACGAUGUACUGCUGAGGACGAUAUGAGGUGUUGAGGAGGAGGAGGACAAAAAAUAUUAAUAAGAGAAUGCUAAAGCUUUACAAUUUCUUUUUUAUGUAUAGAUGAUGGAAUAUAAUAAGGAGGAACAGAAAGGAGGAGGAGGACGUUAAAGCUUUACAUAUACAUAAAAAAGCCACCACGUGACUGCCCUUAGCACGUGGGAGCUCAACCACCACAGAAUAGGGCGCGUGCGUCUGCCCCGCGCUGGACCACUUCCGUACUAGUUAUCGGCACCUCCUUCAUCACUGGAGCCGCGAUCGUCCAACGUGGGUGAUAAGGCCCAAGAUUUCAUGGAAGCUCUCCCAGCCUCGCCCCAGUGUGAGCUGCGGUAGAGCUUGGCCAGUCAGCCUGUGUGAAGCUAUACUAUAUAGUUCCAUGUGCCAUAACCCGAGGGAGGGAGAGAAGGAGGAGGCGCCCUUCGUGGUGGUAGUGGUGGUGGUGUGCGGCCAAAGACUGUAUCAUGUAUGAGUGUGUCAAUACCACUACAUUCUUUGGUGCAGCGUGCCGAGCGUGUAGUGAGGCGGCCGGCGGGAAUGGGGACAAGCUGUUUUGCUCCGCUUUACUACUGUUAUUACUGUGAAAUUAGGAGAGACAGAGCGAGAGAGGCGACAUCGGAAAGGGAGAGAUGCGGCAAGGAAAGUGGCGUUGGUGUGUUAGGUGCUUACCUCUGCUCCCCGCCAGUCGUUAGGGUCACUAAAGAGGGACUGGUGACAUGCUCACAAGAUGCAAGCAGUCCCUGCCUCCGCUGUGAGUAACUGCCAUUACGAGCGUAUGGAUGUAACUUGUAUAUAUAUCAUGUAAUAUGAAAUUAGUAAUAGAGUAUAUAAAACGUUAAGCUAAAAGAUGAAUAUGUACCAUAGCGUGAGGAGAAAGUACUAGUAACUAUUGUAUUUCCAUGGCGAGUGACACGCGAGCUUCAGAGCAGCUUGUGUGGAGCUGAAUGUUGGAGAAAGCUGUGUUGAUACACUAACUAAUACCUAUUAUGUCUUCCAUAUUCACAAUACAUGUAUAAAUUAAAUAAAAGCGGUGGAAAGUGUUCACGAGGCGAGGCGCUGUGACGCCCCCUGCCGUGCGUCACAGUCCAGGCUUUCCUGCUUCACUAACAACAAAUAUUAGUUCGAUACUUUACUGCAUCUUCGGGUAAAUUAAACGUGCAUUUCCAUGUAUUGUUUUUGUACUACUGUCAUUAAACUAUUCAUUUUA